CAGCCCAUUACCCACCACAACAAGGGCCACACGAGUCGCCGCCCGUCAAGUUACCCGAUACUGUUUCGCGACCCAAACACUAUCGAGAGAUCGCUUGCGCCACCCUAGACCCGCUCGUUAUCGAAGAAGAGGCGGCAACGCCUGCGGAGCUCUCAAGAUGCCGAAGAAAGCUAUCGACUCCCGUAUACCGGCCCUCAUUCGCAAUGGCGCCCAGGAAAAGAAGCGCAGCUUCUUCGUAGUAGUUGGCGAUCGCCAGAAAGAUGUCAUUGUCAAUCUCUACCACAUCCUUCUGAACGUGGAUGUCAAGUUGAACAAGUCGGUGCUGUGGGCGUACAAGAACAAGCUACUAGGAUUCUCAAGUCACCGCAAGAAGCGCGAGAAGAAGAUCAAGAACGAGAUCAAGCGUGGGAUCCGCGAUGUCGACACCGAAGACCCGUUCGAACUAUUCGUCUCGACACAGAAUAUCCGAUACGUCUACUACAAGGAAACCGAGAAGAUUCUGGGUAACACAUACGGCAUGUGUAUCCUGCAAGACUUCGAAGCGCUUACGCCGAACCUACUAGCAAGGACGAUAGAGACGGUCGAAGGCGGAGGACUGGUCAUAUUGCUGCUAAAGGGCAUGAGCAGCUUGAAGCAGCUAUACACAAUGUCCAUGGACAUUCAUUCAAGAUAUCGGACCGAGGCUCACAGCGACGUGGUAGCGCGUUUCAAUGAGCGCUUCUUGUUGUCACUCGGAAAGUGCGAUAGUUGCUUGGUUGUCGAUGACGAGCUGAACGUGCUCCCCAUCUCAGGCGGAAAGCAUGUUAAGCAGCUACCGCCACCAGACCAAGAGUUGGAGGGCAAGACACCGAAGGCGAAAGAGUUGGCCGAGAUCAAGGAGUCGCUAGCAGACUCGCCUCCAACUGGAGACUUAGUCAAGCUCGCAAAGACUGUAGACCAAGCGAAGGCGUUGCUGACAUUCGUGGAGGCUAUUGUCGAAAAGACGCUUCGAAGCACCGUGACCCUGACCGCGGCCCGUGGACGUGGAAAGUCAGCAGCUUUGGGUGUUGCAGUGGCAGCGGCAGUAGCGCAUGGAUACAGCAACAUCUACAUCACAUCACCUAGCCCGGAGAACUUGAAGACGCUUUUCGAAUUUAUUCUCAAGGGAUUCGAUUCCCUAAACUAUGCAGACCAUCAAGACUACACCAUCAUGCAGUCUACACAACCGGAUCAGAACAAAGCUAUCGUAAGAAUCGAGUUACACCGCCAACACCGACAAGUCAUCCAAUACAUCAGACCCGAAGACUCGCAUGUCCUAGGACAAGCAGAACUCUUGGUUAUUGAUGAGGCUGCAGCAAUCCCUCUCCCACUCGUACGGAAACUCAUGGGGCCAUACCUGGUUUUUAUGGCCUCGACCAUCAACGGAUACGAGGGAACUGGUCGUUCGCUCUCUUUGAAGCUCAUACAGCAACUUCGCGAGCAGUCGCGAGGCAAAGGUAGCAAUGGCUCGACUUCCGUGGUAGACCGUUCGACUGGAAAGGAAACAAAGGACGCUACAGAGACAUCUAUGACCGGCCGAUCUCUCCGGGAAAUUACACUGUCAGAACCUAUUCGAUAUGCCCAAGGUGAUUCUGUCGAACGAUGGAUGAACGAUCUUCUAUGUCUUGAUGCAACACUACCCCGAAGGUCGAUCACCCAAGGAUGCCCUCAUCCGGACAAAUGCCAGCUCCUUCAUGUCAACCGCGAUACCCUCUUCUCCUACAACCCUGCUGCCGAGAAAUUCCUUCAGAAGAUGAUGGCGUUGUAUGUAGCUAGUCACUACAAGAACACGCCCAACGACCUCCAGCUCAUGUCAGAUGCACCUGCACAUCAGCUCUUCGUACUCACUGGACCUACGGAGGAGAACAAGCUCCCUGAGCCUCUCUGUGUCAUCCAAGUAGCCCUUGAAGGCCAAAUCAGCAGGGAGAGCGUGUUGAACAGCCUGAGCAGAGGACAGCGUGCGGGCGGUGAUCUCAUCCCUUGGAUCGUUUCACAGCAAUUUCAAGACGAAAACUUCGCCAGUCUUUCAGGAGCUCGUAUUGUGCGAAUAGCAACUAACCCAGAGUAUGUCAACAUGGGAUACGGAUCAAAGGCGCUACAACUUCUUGUUGACUUCUACGAUGGCAAGCUUGCUAGCUUGUCGGAAACCGAGCCCCAGGAGGUGGAACAGAUGCGAAGAGUGACAGAGGAAGAUUUGGAGAAUGAGUCGCUCCUCAAAGACAAUGUCAAGAUUCGGGAAGCUAACGAGAUGCCGCCGCUGUUUGCCCGGCUACAAGAGCUGAGGUCGCCAAAGCUCGACUAUGUUGGUGUUUCGUAUGGCCUUACAUCUCAACUUCACAAGUUCUGGAAACGCGCGUCCUUCGUCCCGGUUUACCUCAGGCAAACACCGAAUGAUCUCACCGGAGAACAUACGUGCAUUAUGCUGCGUUCGCUCGAAACCACUUCGUCAGACGGAAGCUGGGUUGCUGCUUUCGCUAAGGACUUCCAGAAGCGCUUCCUCUCCCUUCUGUCAUACCAAUUCCGGUCAUUCCCCUCAAUCACCUCUCUUUCAAUAGAAGAGUCCGCAUCAGCGGGAUCUAAACUAGACGCCGACCUCGCCGCGAAACCCAUUAGCAAAGCCGAAUUGGACGCUCUCUUUACGCCUUUCGACCUCAAGCGUUUAGACUCUUACGCGAAUAACAUGCUUGACUACCACGUCAUUCUAGACAUGUUGCCUCCCAUCGCCACUCUCUUCUUUACUGGUCGUCUCAAGGGCCAAGUCAAACUUAGCGGUGUUCAGACUGCACUACUUCUUGCUAUUGGGCUGCAACGCAAAGAGUUCUCCGAUGUGGAAAAGGAACUCAACCUCAACUCUAGUCAGCUGAUGGCCAUGUUCGUCAAGAUUGUACGAAAGGCCGCCACAGCAUUCCGCGGUAUAGUAGAGGGCGCCGUUGAGGAGACUAUGCCCGACGCUAUGGAGGUAGAAGAGAAUGGCGCUGAUGGCGAGGCCGCCAAUGACGCCCACCGCUUCAUGCCCCUUGAGAAGGAUUUACAGGAGGAGCUUAGGGAAGGCGGGGAUGAGUUCCUGGCCGAAGACAAGGAAAGACAAAGGAGCAUGAUUGAUGCUUUGCCUCUGCACAAAUACGAAAUUGGUACAGGAGCUGCUGACUGGGAAGAAGCCGAACGCGCUAUCCAAAACGCGGCCAAGAAAGGCGGUGCAGGUAGCAUGACUGUCGCUGUCAAGACAGGCGAGAAGAAGAGGAAAGUCGGCGAGGCGGUUGAGGAGGCGUACAAGGAGGCUGAGAAGUUCAAGGAAGGUGCUGCCAAGAAGAGUAAGAAGCACAAGUCUGGUAAGAAGGCUUGAUUGGAGACGCGCUGUGCAUGCAUAAUCAGGGAGUUUCUCAGGCGUAUUGUUUAUCUAUGGGAAAAUCGGUGCUGUCUGUGUAUAAGUACUCAAUUAACUAGUCCAUGAUUGAUAUCUCACCACAAAGGAGCC